UUUGGAGAAUCUCUGAAGUGAUUGCAUUUUGAAAGAUUUGUUCAAUGAAAUGAGGGAAUGUUGAUGUGAAAAAGGAAAAAAAAAAAAAACAACUGAAGAUUAGAAAUGGCAGCAAGAGUUGUAUUGCGUUGUAAUAAGAAUGUAGUAGACGUCCUCACUAAAAAACCAUUAUUCAACAGCUGCGUGAAAUCUUUUAUUCGCUUGGCUCCACCACUGGCCAAUUACAGUCAGACUGCUUCCAAAAAUGAUGCUAAAUCUCUCACAGAUAAAGAAUGGGCACAAAGACUAUCACCACAACAAUAUUCAGUUUGUCGGCAAGGAGGAACAGAACAACCUUUUAGUAGUUCUUUGAACAACAACAAAGCAUCAGGAAAAUACACUUGUGUUUGCUGUGGAAAUGUCCUAUUCACCUCAGAAACAAAAUAUAACUCUGGCAGUGGCUGGCCCUCUUUUUAUCAGAGCAUUGAUGGAAGUGUCAUACAACGUUUAGAUACGAGCCAUGGUAUGAUUCGAACUGAAGUUCUGUGUCACAAUUGCUCUGCUCACCUUGGUCAUGUUUUCAAUGAUGGUCCAGAACCAACUGGUUUGCGCUACUGCAUAAAUGGAGUGUGUCUCAAAUUUGUACCAGAAUAAGUAACAACUAUAAAAAUAAAAUUCAUUUAAGAACAGUAUAGCAUAAAUUUGUUCCAAAGCAAGUGGUUAGUUCAAAAUUAUAAUAAAUAAAUAGGUAAUCCUAUGUGACACAAAACAGUAUCAAUAACUUAAUUUUGAUUUUUCAUAUCAUAUGCUGCACAAACUUGCCUCCCUAUUUGACCUCCUGCUUGCUUAAAGUAUUUGAACAUUAAAUCCAGAAAAUGUUACAAAAGAUAAUGUAUUGUGGCUUAAUGAUGCUUCAAAGUUGGACACUGUUCUAAGCUUUAGGAAUGUGUUCUGCUUCGGCACACUAAUUGUAAAUCCCUUAGUAAUUUGUCAUAAUAGACUUAAAUAGACUGUUGUAUUUAUCCUUAACAUUUUAUGAAAUAAAAUCUACUGUGUCUAAGA